AUGGAGAUUAUUACGUCAAAUAAAGGUUGUGAGAAGUUGUGUAACAACGGGUAUAUGUAUGUGUUAAAGCAUUUUGGUAAAUCCAAAAUAACAUGGAGGUGUUCAAAAAGGUCCUCCUUUAAAUGUAUGGGAGAAUUAUACACUAACAUUCAAAAAGAAGACCCUGUAUUGAAGUCCGAUCAUAACCACUUCGGAGAUAGUGAAAAGGUAGAUGUGGAAAAAGCACUAUGCAUUAUGAAACAACAAUCAAAAAGUGGCCUAUCUAAGCCACUAGAAGUAUAUGCAGAAGGAGUUGCUAAGUUGGACGGUAACGUAAGAUCAAAAAUGCCAGUGGAAGAUCAUGUGAAAAGAACUUUGAGAAAUCAACGUUCAAAAUUAAAUCCAAUUGAACCAACUAGUCUUGACAAUUUGAUCAUUGAUGGUGCGUACCUAAAUUAA